AUGGCUUCAAUCUCUAACAUUUAUCUCAUCCACCAAUCAAGAAUUUCUAACUUGUAUAACAGAAAUAGAAAUGGACAUAUUAUUACUACUUCAAGAGCAAAUCACUUGGAAUUUUCGCCACUUCCUAAAAAGAUCGAAUUAUCCGACCGGGUGAAGUUUUCAAGAGUGGAUGGAAUCUUGAACCGUUGUGGAAUCUCCGAUUUUUGUAUAGCUACUAAAGCUGCAGCUUCAGAUGCAGAGGGUCAUGAGAUUGAACUCUCUAACGGGUUUGCUAAGCCUAACAAGAGCUUCUCAGAGAGAUUCCCAGCUCUUGUUACUGGAUUCUUUUUCUUUACAUGGUAUUUCCUGAACGUUAUAUUCAAUAUACUCAACAAGCAGGUUUACAACUAUUUCCCAUAUCCAUAUUUGAAAAAAAAUUAUUCAUCUUUGUACAGUUUUGUGUCAGCUAUUCAUCUUCUUGUUGGAGUAGUAUACUGCCUCAUUAGCUGGGGUGUCGGUCUACCAAAACGCGCUCCAAUGAAUAAGGAGCUUUUAGGGCUUCUCACACCGGUAGCAUUCUGUCACGCUCUCGGACAUGUCAUGUCAAACGUAUCGUUUGCAGCAGUUGCUGUCUCUUUCACACAUACCAUCAAAGCGUUGGAGCCAUUCUUCAGUGCUGCUGCUUCACAGUUUAUCUUAGGCAACCAGAUUCCGCUGCCACUUUGGCUGUCGUUAGCCCCUGUUGUAAUGGGUGUGUCAAUGGCGUCUAUGACGGAACUUUCCUUUAACUGGACCGGCUUCAUCAGUGCAAUGAUAUCGAAUGUUUCCUUCACUUACAGAAGCAUUUACUCAAAGAAAGCUAUGACGGGGAUGGACAGUACAAAUAUCUAUGCAUACAUUUCAAUUAUAGCCCUAUUGUUUUGCCUCCCACCUGCAAUAUUAAUUGAAGGUCCUAAGUUAAUGCAAUAUGGGUUCAAAGAUGCAAUUGCUAAAGUUGGUCUGACCAAGUUCUUGUCUGAUCUCUUCUGGAUUGGAAUGUUCUAUCAUCUGUACAAUCAGGUAGCUACAAACACAUUGGAAAGGGUUGCACCUCUCACACACGCUGUUGGAAAUGUGCUGAAGCGAGUCUUUGUUAUCGGAUUCUCCAUUGUUGUCUUUGGCAAUACAAUCUCUACACAAACUGGAAUUGGUACUGGAAUAGCCAUUGCCGGUGUUGCUAUGUACUCACUCAUUAAGGCAAACAUGGAGGAGCAAAAACGGGUACGAUUUUUACAAGAUUAUUUGGGAUUUUUACUGCACUUAGGCUUAUGAAUGUUUUUGUAUCAUUUACAGAAAGAUGCUCAGAAGACUCGUGCAUCUUAAGGCUCCAACAUCUACCAAGCAGCUGAAUUCACAUGCAAUUUGUAGGAAAUCACAAGUCAACAAAAACCACUGGAAUCGUGCUGAUCUAUGUUCUUGCAAAAUUACUUUUUGAAAAUUUCCCUACAUUUUUUCACCAACUAUUGUAUGCUCAGAAAUUUCUAAUGUCGUCUGAGGCCAGAAACUACAUUUAAUAAGUGGCUUUUCAUAGUAAUUGCAAUGAUUUUAGAAGAAAACAUUAGCGAAAAGAAUCUAUAGCAUCAUGAUGCAGCU